AUGCUGGUGGACCAGGAACAAAAAGAGCCGGACAUUGUCGCUCUGUCCUGGUGCAGCGAGGCAUCAAAUACCUCCACAGAAUACAGUGCAUUGAAGGCUUCCACCAUGAGGAGGGUGACGGCAUCCACGCUCCAUCUGACUGUCACAGUUACAGCUCUCCUCUAUUUCUGCACCGAGCUGCGUUGUCUGGAGAUCACACCCGAUGACAAGGAGCUCGUCCUGUCUGAGGGCUCCUCUCUCACCCUCACCUGCUCCGGCUCAGAAGACACAAAGUGGGAGUUCAAGCGGGACGAUGUGCCGUACUUCCAAGCGGAACAAGUUCAAAACGAUGGUCAAAGCUACCAAAUUGUGCAAAGCAGCAUCACAUCCAGUGUUUUGACCUUGUGGAACGUGAGCUGGAAACACACGGGGGUGUAUCAGUGCACCGACCGACACACUGGAGAAACUAAGGAGGUGGCUGUUUUUGUCCCAGACCCUGAUGUGUGGUUCAUAGAGAGCUCACACGGCAUGGUAACAAAGACCAGUGAGGAGAGCACCAUCCCCUGCGUGGUGACCAAUCCGAACAUCACUGUCACCCUGCAUGAGAAGGAGACUGAUCUGCCCAUCAGGGGGCUUUAUGUUCCUAGUGAGGGGUACAAGGCACCGCUGGAGGACAGGACCUAUGUGUGUCGGGGAGAGCUGAACAACGAGGUGAAAGAGUCUCAGGCCUUCUACGUCUUCAGCAUUGUGGUCCCCGAGGCCAUUGACGCCUACAUCAAUGCGUCAAAGACCAUCCUGAAACAGGGCGAACCGCUGACAGUAAACUGCACAGUGCACGGAGUGGAGCUGGUGUUUUUUUCCUGGGAUAUCCCCAACAGAGAGGUUGUUGAUGUCGAGCCACUAACAGACUUCCUGCCCGUCAUGACCAUGCGCUCCUGCCUGAUCUUCCCUAGUGCCACGGUGGCCCACAGCGGACACUACAUCUGCCAUGUCCACGAGAGUAUCCAAGACCAGAGGGCCUCUGCCAGCGUCAACAUCACUGUGCUCGAGCGAGGCUUCGUGGAUGUGAAGACUGCUCCGCAAAAAAAUAUUUCAGCCAAGCUGCAAGAGAACGUGGAGUUGAGAGUGGAGGUUGAGGCCUACCCUCCCCCUCAGGUCCGCUGGAGCAAAGACGGCGCCUCAAUCAAGGGAGAUAAAACCAUCACAACUAGACGAGAGCAUGAGAUCAGGUAUGUCACUCUGCUCACCUUGGUGAGAGUGAGGAAGGAGCAGAAAGGCCGCUACUCAGUCCUUGUCACAAACGGAGAUGACACAAAGGAAGUGACCUUUGACCUGGAGGUCCAAGUUCCCUCUCAGAUUAAAGACCUGACUGACCACCACCUCCCUGGGAAAAGACACUUGGUGACCUGUGUCGCUGAGGGGGUCCCAACCCCGACCAUCCAGUGGUACAGCUGUGACAGCAUGCACCGGUGUAGCAACCAAACAGCGGUGUGGCAGCCGCUGAUACCAGAGCUGGAGGUGCUGAGCAUCCGGACCAAUGUCAGCUACAGCGAGACUCGCAAAACCAGCCAGGUGCGGAGCCAGGUGACCUUCCACAAGCCCCAGCAGGUCACAGUGCGCUGUGAAACCAGCAACCAAGCAGGACUCAUCGACAGAAGAGACGUCAAACUGGUGUCCAGCACACUCUACUCCCAGGUGGCAGUAUUGGCUGCUGUCUUAGCCUUAGUGGUUAUCAUUAUCAUAUCUAUCAUCAUCCUCGUUGCUGUGUGGAGAAAGAAACCUCGCUAUGAGAUCAGAUGGAAGGUGAUAGAGUCAGUGAGCCAGGACGGUCAUGAGUACAUCUAUGUGGACCCCAUCCACCUGCCCUAUGACCUGGCCUGGGAAAUGCCAAGAGACAACCUGAUGCUUGGUCGCACUCUUGGAUCAGGAGCCUUUGGCAGGGUGGUCGAGGCCAAUGCAUAUGGUCUCGCUCAUUCCCAGUCCAGCACAAAAGUGGCUGUGAAAAUGCUGAAAUCCACAGCCAGGAGGAGUGAGACUCAGGCUCUGAUGUCAGAGUUGAAGAUCAUGAGUCACCUGGGUCCUCACCUCAACAUCGUCAACUUGCUGGGAGCUUGCACCAAAAAUGGCCCUCUGUAUCUGGUUACGGAGUACUGUCGCUAUGGCGACCUGGUGGACUACCUGCACAGGAAUAAGCACACCCUCCUGCAGGACCAAGCAGAGAAGAACCAAGACGACGGCUGCCUCAUCUCUGGAGGGAGCACUCCGCUCAGCCAGAGGAAAGGCUACGUGUCCUUUGGAAGUGAGAGUGAUGGAGGAUAUAUGGACAUGAGUAAAGAUGAGCCCACCAUCUACGUGCCCAUGCAGGAGCAGAUGGACACCAUCCAGUACGCGGACAUCCAACCCUCUCCAUACGAGUCAACCUACCAGCAGAACAUCUAUCAGGAACAAGGUGGCAGCAGACUGGACCUGGCCAUCAGCGACUCUUCCAUUCUCACCCAUGACGAUCUGUUGGGCUUCAGCUAUCAAGUGGCAAAGGGGAUGGAGUUUCUCGCCUCCAAGAAUUGUGUCCAUCGGGACCUCGCUGCUAGGAAUGUGCUGAUCUGCGAGGGCAAACUGGUGAAGAUCUGUGACUUUGGCCUGGCCAGAGACAUCAUGCAUGAUUCCAACUACAUCUCUAAAGGCAGCACCUUCUUGCCCUUGAAGUGGAUGGCACCAGAAAGUAUUUUCCAUAAUUUGUACACCACCCUGAGCGACGUGUGGUCAUACGGCAUUCUUCUUUGGGAGAUUUUCACUCUGGGAGGAACCCCCUACCCUGAUUUGCCCAUGAAUGAGUUAUUCUACAGUGCUUUGAAACGAGGCUACCGAAUGGCCAAACCUGCACACGCCUCUGAUGAAGUUUAUGACAUCAUGAAGAAGUGCUGGGACGAGAAGUAUGAGAAAAGGCCGGAGUUCUCCUUUCUGGUCCACAGCGUUGGGAACAUGCUGGCAGACAGCUAUAAAAAGAAAUACAGUCAAGUCAAUGACAACUUCCUGAAGAGUGACCACCCGGCAGUCACUCGCACCAAACCCAGACUCUCCUCCCCCUUUCCGAUCGCCAACCCAGCCUUUGGCGCCCCUUCCCCUCAUUACCUCCCCCCGGACACCUACAACCAGAGCCUGAGCCCUGGAGAAUACCGACAAGACGCAGACACACAGGAAGCCAUAACUUCAUACAACGAAUACAUCAUUCCCAUCCCCGACCCUAAGCCAGAGGACGUUUUCCCUGAUGUGCCGUCAGAAAGCCCUGCAAGGUCUGUGGCUCUGGAGGAGGAGACCGACUCCACGUCGCGAGUCACGGCGGACACUCUCCCAGAGGAGGACAAGAUGGAGGAGACCAGUGAGAGAGACGCUCUGUUGGGUCUUUCUGAGACACCUGAGGUAGAAGACAGCUUCUUAUAGCCACACAACUCUGAGAAAACAUCCCCUUUCCUAGUACUUUUGAACCUGCCUGAAAAACUAAACUAGAAUGUAGCAAAAUUGAGGCUGAAAAGAAAAUCUAUGUAUUUCCACGAAGCACUCGAAACGGGUUGCCCUUCUAUUGAGUUUUGUAUCAAACGUAGUACCUCUGAAACAAAAUGGCUAUCAUUCAGUCAUUUAUAAGACACAUAAUAUAAAUGCGGUACACUCCUCAAACUCUGUAGGUAAUCAGUUUCCAGUAAUGUGUUUACUGUAUUUCCUAUUGUAGCCAGAGACCUAUGAGGCCUUAUGAGAUAUGUGCUUUUCUAACCCAAUCAAGAUCAUUAUAUAAUUCCCAUAUUGGUGAGAAUCAUUAACAUUAUACAAUAGACCACAAUCAGCCAUGGGAAGUAUGAAAUUAGAUUUAAACUUUAUGUUGCAUUUGUUUUCUUAAGUACGACCUACAGCUGUACGCACUGUAUUGUAAUAUUUUGCAACAUUUUAUUUCUAGGAUGUGAAAUACAGACAUGCACUGUUGUACUAUGACAAAUACUUUCUUUGUAUGUACAUAUGCCAUAGUGCCAGACAUAUUCAGUUCUCUUUCUUUUUUUGCGAGAAUUAUAUGAAAUCUAUGUAAUUUGUGAAUUUUGAAUACUUUCGUUUUGUAUAGGUUUAAUUCACAGCUCUGUGCCGGAUUUGCACUUUAUUUAGAAACAUGUGGAUAUUCAUAAUGAAGAUAUAAAUAAGUAUACUAAAAUCUAGAUUUAAAAGUUGAACUUGAAAUCAACUUUUGACUAAAUCCAUUUGUGUGGUGACAGGUGAUCUCAAGACGAAAACACUAAAUACAGCGUAUCACUGCCUUAGCACAAGAUGGCACACAUGAGUGCCUUUGUACAGACUGACAGAUUUUUGCCUUCCAGCUAUUGUUGCUCAACGAUUAUAAAGAUUCUUUUAUGGAUGGAUUAGCAGAUACGAAAAGCCACUGUACUUAAGAAACCUAGAUAGCCAUAUGUAUGUAUACAUGUAAAACUGAUGCUUUUAGUCUUCUACUGCAUUGUUUAGCAUUCACUCACACAAUGUUUCAACUGUCCGUACUGUAGUAUUGACAAUAGUGAACAUUUAAAACCAAGUCGUUGUUAUUUUCUGUUGCAUCUUAAAAUGCACAAGAUCACUGUAUCACAAGCUAUGGUACCAAAGCUCUUCUUAACGUUUACAAAUGUAUUUUUAUAUGUGCCAUUUUGUAUGUUGUAAA